AUGAAGGAAAGUUUAGAUCAGAGGGCGGCGGGUGUUGAUUUGGGACCCUCCAGUGCUCCGACAGCAUACGCCAUGGUCGCCACAGGUACCAAAGUUGAGUCCCCAGGAAGCAAGCCUUGUCCAUUUCUUGAUAAACUUCCACGUGAGAUUCGCGACAAGAUCUGGCGACACAUUCUGCUGAGACCAGUCACAAUACUGCCAGAAAUUCGCACAACUGAAACCCGAUGGUCAACCGGCAAAGAAAAUGCGAAACAUAAACAUUGCAGAUAUGACCGGAAAUAUACCUAUAUUUGGGCCCACAAUUCGGGCGAAGAGGACAACAAUUCCGAACCCCAACCCUUGCUUCAAAAGGUCUCAUGGAUAACAUAUCUCACCCGUGAACAACUAAAACUCAUCGACAAUGGUGUCGUCAAUUUCGAGAUUGGCGAUUAUCCCGAGCCUGGUCGCCAGGUCCAGUGCGCGGUACACCAUCGAAACGGGUUCGGUCCUCAGAUCAUCAAUCGUACGGAAGUGGAAUUAUACCCAUUUGGCCGUUCCGUCGACAUCAUGCGCGUCUGCAAAAAAUUCGAGGAAGAAUGCGGUUCGGUUCUCUAUGGGGAUAAUGCAUAUCAGUUCAAUACGCAACUCAGUCAUAAACGCAGCGAUCUCAAGGAAAUGCCAUGGCGCAUCCCUGGCUUCCAAAAAGAGAAAGGAAAAGCCAUUGGUCUUUUGAAACUUGACAAGGCUGUAGACAAACUUUUUGACCUGCAUUGCCGUCACCCUGCGUUCAUUUACAAAGAUCCAUUCAUUCGGUUUAUUGCGUAUAUUGGACGAAAGAAUGCUUCACACUUGAGAGACAUCAAAUUUGAGGGAAUGUUCAAGUCGAUACUUCUACCCAAUGCUGAUAAAGAUUCUCAUAUUGGCUUCGGGACAAUAUUGCCGAUCUAUGCGGUGAUCAUAGGAGAGAUUUGUCCAAGGUUACGCAAGCUUACUCUUCACCAGUGGUAUCCAAAUCGCACUUGGGAGCGAUUUGGAUGGAGCGACGAUCUCAAAAAGAGUAAAAAGAUGAGUGAUGAAGACAUGGUAGACAGUAUUGUAGCAAAACUGAUCACGGGUCUACCAUUCCUCCGAGAGCUUCAGCUUGGCGCAUACUCCCAAGUUCCAACGGAUCCUCUGGUCUCCAACGACAGACAUCGAGAUGUGAAAGAUGAGUGGGGCAGAUCUCUCCAAUGGAUGAAGUUUGUAGAAGAGAGAAACAAAGAUCAGGGACCGGAAACGGGUACAUCAGAUAAUACUUCGAAUAGUGGUACUAGUGUAAGGCACGCCGGAGCCCGCACUGGUGAUGCUUGUCACGAUCAAGAUCCCAUGGAACACGAACGUCCUGGUAGCUAUGGCACGAGUAGCUGCAUCUGGACUCUCACUCGUUGCCCCAUAAGAGAAAGUUCACGCUACGACGAACCCACGACCGGAUAUGGUGUUGAUCGAAGAAAUCAGUAUGGGUAUCUACUAUAUUGGUAUGAUUUCACGAGUACGUGGAGAUGUAAAAAUGCGCAUGGUGGUGUUAGAGAUCGUGACGGCUAUAUUUUAAAUGUCUCGGAUAAGGUCGACAACGACAAUAAACCUCUUGUAGGCAAACGUGGAAAGGGACUUGGAUGGCGGCACGGACUCAUUGCUUCUCAUGGCAAAAGUCAGAAGUUUGUCAAAAAAUUGGUUGCGAAUGUUUGUACUGACUGGCGACUAAUUGAUCAUGUUGAAGCUGGUGGUGCAUUGAGUUAA